GAAACUCGCUCCCUCCUGCAAUGCAUGAUGGUCCGCGGUGCCGGUGGAUGUGCUGCUGUGUUUCUGCUGGUUCCUCCGGACUUUCUGUGAUGGUGAAGCGGAGAAUCAGCCGCCGCUGGGCUUCAGACGACAGCUAGCCUCCUGGGAGGCGAGUCCCGAUGCCAUGGCGUCCAGUCACGGCUCCCCAGUGCCUCGAGCCAGCGGCGGAGGCAGAGAUGGGAUCUACCACAAGGAGCGCGAUCCCUCCUCUCGCUGCCGGCCGGUCCGCUCGCUGCCCGACGUCUGCCCCAAGGAGCCCACAGGUGAGGGGCGGGGCCUGUGCGAGGGCCCGUCCGUGGUGGCGGAGCACGACAGGUGGACGGUGUACAGCUCGAAGGUGAACCUGCCGGCGGCGCUCAACGACCCGCGGCUUGCCAAGCGGGAGUCGGACUUCUUCACCAAGACGUGGGGGCUGGACUUCGCCGAGACGGACGUCAUGCCGUCCUUCUACCUCCCCAACAUCACCCGGGAACACUUCAGCCCCUACCUGCAGGAGAUGGCUCAGAGAGAAAGGAUCCAUGAGCGCUGCAAGACGAUCUGUCCCAACAAAGAUGACGUGGAUGCAGUUUCCAGCAUCACCACCAACCACGAGAAAUCCAGAGCCGAGCUUGAACAAGUCCCAAAGAUCUUCAUGAAGCCCGACUUUGCCCUGGACGACCCGGCCACCUUCAACACCGUCCUGCCCUGGUCGCACUUCAACAGCGCCGGGGGGAAGAGCAGCAGCGAUGUGGCCUCGUCCCGCCUGCUGCAGGAGAAGCUGAGUCACUACCUGGACGUGGUGGAGGUGAGCAUCGCGCGGCAGAUCUCCCUGCGCUCCGAGGCGUUCUUCCACGCCAUGUCGUCGCAGCACGAGCUGCAGGACCGGCUGCAGGAGACGCAGCGCGCCGUGGCCGUGCUGCGGGGCCGGACCGCCGCCAUGGACCGGGUCAUGUGCCAGGGGCCGCUGAGGGCCCUGCGCACCGCCCUGACCCGCAACAACUGCGUGAAGCUGCACAACAAACUGAAGCUGAUGGCGGCGGUUCACCAGACGCAGCCGACCGUCCAGCUGCUGCUGUCCACCUCCGAGUUUGUCGGAGCGCUGGAGCUGAUCGCCACCACCAAGGAAGUGCUGCAGCAGGAGCUGCAGGGCAUCCACAGCUUCAGACAUCUGGGCUCUCAGCUGUGUGAGCUGGAGAAGCUGAUCGACAAGAUGAUGGUGGAGGACUUCAGUAUGUACGCCCGCAGCGACCUGAGCCGCAGCCUGAAGGACGAGCCGCAGGUCCUGGAGAAGGAGCGUCUGGAGUCGCUGGUGUUCGGCCUGCUGCGGCAGAGGAAGCUGGACUUUCUGGACAUUUACAGCGAUGAGAUGAUCGUGGCGGCCAAAGGCAUCGUCACUCAGUGUGUGGUGGACAGCGUGUCGCAGAUCGAAGAAAUUGACACCGAAGUCGUCACUAAGCUAGCUGACCAGAUGCGUCUGAUGACGUUCCCUCAGUGGUUCGAGCUGCUGCAGAGCGUCUUCUCCAGUUUCCUUCUGUUCCUGCAGAAGAUCAAGGCGACUCUGAACGUCAUCAGGAACGUGGUUCUGGAGGUGCUUGACUCAAACCAGAAGACCCGCCUCCUGGAGCAGAGCACGGCGGCGGCGGUGUGUUCAGGGGCCCCCGGCCAGGUGGCGGCCCCGAGCCCCGCCCCUCAGCUCCUGCAGGGGGAGGCGGAGCUGGCCUACCUCACCCACGAGGGCCUGUUCAUCAGCGACGCGCUGAACGAGGCCCAGCAGCAGCAGCAGGCGGCGUUGGCAGGAGGCGGAGCCACGCAGGAUCCCAGCGGCGGCGCGGGGGCAUCCAGGCUGCAGGCCGCCGGCAGCGACUCGGCCUCCGGCACCACGGAGUCGUCCUCCAGCCGAGAGCAGGGCUUCCACACAGCAGGGGGCGCCACCAUCACGUCUGGUGAGGACAUGAUGCCCACGGAGCUGGAGCUCGGCCGCGUGGCCAACAACAUCCAGGAGCUGCUGUGCACCGCCUCCGACGUCAGCCACGACCGCUGCGUCAAGGUGCUGAUGGCCAGAGCCAAGGACGGCUCUCUGGAGCGUCUCAGCUCGGCGGAGUUCGUGUGUCUGUCCCAGGCGGUGGAGGGUUUCGUCCGGGACACCGAGGAGCUGUGCUGCAGGCGCAGCGUCUCCCUGAGGGGGGCGCUGCAGAGCCAGGCCAACCGCUUCGUCCACCGCUUCCAUGAGGAGCGCAAGACCAAGCUCAGCCUCCUGCUGGACAACGAGCGCUGGAAGCAGGCCGAGGUUCCCGCUGAGUUCCAGGAUCUGGUCAACUCCAUCGCUGACGGCAGGAUAACACUACCAGAGCGCAAAACCCCAGGUCCAGACGACAGGAAGCCCAGUGAGUUUCUGCUUGUGGACGGACAGAAAUACGCCGUUGUAGGGACGGUUCUGCUGCUGAUCCGGAUCUUUCUGGAGUACUGUCAGUGUGUGAACGACAUCCCGUCCAUCACCACCGACAUGCUGACCCGCCUGUCCGACCUGCUCAAGCACUUCAACUCUCGGAGCUGCCAGCUCGUCCUGGGAGCCGGAGCGCUGCAGGUCGUCGGCCUCAAGACCAUCACCACCAAAAACCUGGCGCUGGCGUCCCGCUGCCUCCAGCUGGUGGUUCACUACAUUCCUGUGAUCAGAGCUCACUUUGAGACCAAACUGCAGCCCAAGCAGUACAGCGUCCUGCGCCACUUCGACCACAUCACCAAGGAUUACAACGAUCACAUAGCAGAGAUCUCAGCUAAGCUGGUGGCCAUCAUGGACAGUCUGUUUGAGAAGGCUUUAUCCAAGCAGUACGAGGUGAAGGCCCCGAUGCCCUCCGCCUGCUUCCGGAACGUCUGCAAGCAGAUGUCCAAAAUGCACGAGGCCAUCUACGAGCUGCUGCCCGAGGAGCAGACGCAGAUGCUGUUUCUGAGGAUCAACGCCAGCUUCAAGAUGCACCUUAAGAGGCAACUCGCCCGGCUGGGAGUGGUCAACGACGGGGGACCGCAGCACGGGCUGGUGGUGGUGGACGUGGCCUUCUACACGGAGAACGUCCAGGCGCUGAGGAGCCUGGAGCGGCUCGACCUCAACAUGGCCGAGAUCUGGGAGCAGAAGAGGUGAUGGAGGAGGAGGAGGAGGCGACGCUCCGCCCGCCCCGCCCCGCCCCGCGCCGUCAGAAGGAGGAGCGCUCAGCCCCGCCACGGUGGACCAAGCUCUGGCCCGACGGCAGAGGACACCGGCCGGGACGGAGGAGGCCGGAGAGGGACCAAAAAUAAAAAAAAAACAAAACAAAAAACAAAAACCCGGACAUGAGCGGCGAGCCGGGGCGUCCCGAGCAGCUCCACCUGCAGGACGUUAGCAGAAUCACAGAGCCUCCUGACAAACUGUCACCUCAUCUCACUGUGUGCAAUUCUACAGAAGUGAUCUAUGGAUUCAAUAAAUAGUAAAUUAUUAGCGACGGUUUUUAGAGGGAGCCGAGGUCGUAGGUCGUGUUAAAGAAAUGGAGGGUAAUUUAUUUUUCUGUCGUCUUCAGACUGUUGUGCACCGCGGCGUGUUCGCAGGACGCCGCACACAAGAAGCUAAAAGGGAUUUUAUAAAAUCUCACGGGGCGCGGGGUGAGGAAUGAUCACACCAACAUAUUCUGUUAUGCUAAAUGAUUUUUUUCAGCGAACCUCUGCAGGUGAUGAGAGAUGAUUUGCAGCUUUUGCCACCGUGUGUCCUCAUCUCUGAUCAGCCGGGUUCCUGCACCUCCUCUCUGCUUUUCAGCUCCACAAACCCCAAACCUCAAACCUCAAACCUCAAACCUCGAGCGCACCUGGCUGCUUCCACUGGCAGCAGCUGGGACACUUUAAAGGGAUAUUUCACCCAUAAUGGAUGGCGUUUAUAUCAGAUACUGACCGUGUGCUGCUUCCACUCCCUGAUGAGGAAAAGUUGUGUCUUCAUGGUGAACUCAUUUAUCAUAAAACACCAGCCAUCUUUAUCCAGUGGUAAAAAGCUGACAACUCCAUAAUUUAAUCUCCAUAAUUGAACGGAUCAACAGCAAAAAGCUCACACACGGGAUAAUCCAAAUCUCCAGGAUCCAGUUUUAUGAUCAGAGCAUGUUUAUGCAAAAAGGUGUAUGUAGGAAGAACCGAUGCUGCGUUCAGGUGUCACACAGAACUUGGGUUCACAGAGUUACUCGGACCUCUGAAAGCUCUGAUGUCUCAUCAUCAUGGCUGCUCACAUCGUGCACAGUCAGAAAACAUUCACUUUUAUACUUUUUAACUGCGUUUUAAGUAGAUUUUCAGCCCCGCCUGUCUUCAGACAGAGUGCUGACAGCAAAACACCGACUGUGGUGGCGCCCGUGGUUUUCUGACUCGGUGUGGCUCAGACACACUCAGGUUGUAAAUGAUUUCAGUCCGACUUAAAUCAAACAGCAGCAUAAACAUGCAGCCGGAGCCUGGAGACCUGGAUGAUGCAGCAUGACGUGUGUGAGCUUUGUAAACUGAACUUCUGUACUUUUGGUUUUAGUUUUGCACAAUUUAAAAUAUAAGAGAGCGAAUAACAUCCAGUGCAGGGAGAGGCAGCUGGCUCACCUGAAGCCUCCACCUCACUAAAGUUAAAAAAAAUCACAGCAGAACACAGAAUUGUCAAACAUACUUAACACGACUAGACUUAAACUUUUGACAGAGUUUUGCUCAAAGUGUGGAGCCUCUUUUUCUCUUUUUGAAUCAGAGAUGACCAGAGGAGUGAGACAUUUCUUCAUCGGCGACUGAAGGCAGCACACGUUCAGUUCUUGAUAUAAAUAUGGUACUAAAUGGCUAUAAUAUCCAUUUAAAGUUUUCUUCACGACAGAUAUCACAAUACUUGGGCUAUCACACGGCCACAACAAAAAAGCAAAGUCGUGUCUACUGGGACAGAACUCGGUUUUCCAGGCUUCUUCUGCAGUUUCCAAACUAUCCAAGACCUGGAAAAAAAAAACAUGAGUUUAGUUUCCAGAGCUGCUCCUGCGGUGCAGAGCUGUGCAGGAACUCGCUGAGACGGAUCCGGACGUGGACGAGCCGCUCAAGGGUUCAGGUCCUAAAAGCUACAGAUCCAUUUUUCUUUGGGGCGAAAAUUUCCCCCAAAAUUCCAGAGUUGUAAAAUUUACAGCAUCCAGACUGUGAAAACAUGACGUCUGUCCGUCGAGCACAAAUUGUCGUUUUGGACCUGAACUCUUCAGCCGCUCCGGAAACACCUGAACCCUCGACUCUUUGAUCACACACAUGAACUUUCCUCAGCUGUGCACAAACACUGUUAGCGAGCGAGCGGACGGGACGGGGCGGGGCGGCAGGUCGGCCUGGACGCCUGCAGGGGCCGGGAGGAGGGGGACGGGGAGGAGGGUGGGGGGUUUGGGUGCAUGACGACUGGCUGGACUGACUUUGACUCACGGAGCUUCUCCCUACUGUAUUUUUAAUAUGCAUGAGCCUGAGAUUUCUGUCUUUUCUGAGGCUGGAAACACGGAGCAGAGCGGAACAUCUGCCGGCUGUUUGAACACGGACAAAAAAAAAAAAAAAAAUCAUUUUUCACGUGUUUCUGCCUUUUUAUGAACAGUCGCCUCAGAGUCCAGAGUUAAAGCUGCAUUGGACAAGAUUUUCAUUUUAAACCUGAAACUUCCCUUAAACA